UAUAAAGCAAAUGGGCCCCCUCCAGAGUUGCAGGCGUGUGCUGCAGCCUCCCGAGGGAUUCCUCCUGCCUGGCACUGGAAGGCUGGUCCAUAUCUUCUUUGUUGGUUCUCAGUAGCAUGGAGUUCAUUCUGUGCAGGACUAGAUGGAGUGGUCAGGCCUGAGCCGGUCUUGCCCAGCCCUGGACUGAGUUGACAAAGCCUGUGGAGUUUUCCUGUGUCUCUGUAUCUUAAGAUUACCUAAGGAACAACUUCAGUUGAUCAUUUGAGUAUGUUUCAUCAUUUUGUAUGUGUUAUAUCAAACUUGGCGUGACUAGGGCAGAGUGAUCUGGUGUGAUCAUGAGUUAGGUAGUAAGGAAAGCAUCUCUGGUCACAGGCAACAUCCCAGUCUGCUUUGUGGCCACACACAGUUAGUUCCAUGUGCUUAAGGACAUACAGGGUUAUGAGGGUUUCAAUUCAUGAAACCCCAGGGUUUCUUCUGGACCAUCUGCUCUUAGAUAUAAUCAGACAGUUGCACAGGAUUCCUUGAAUCUGGUCACUCUAGCACCAGCAAGCUUCACUUUGGACCUUGUCAUCCAACUAUAGUUGUGAAUGUUGUGGCGAAGAGUCUCGAAUAGUAUGAACUAUUACAGAGAGGCCAAAUAGAGUCGGGGUCUGAGAUCUCACCUACAGUCUUCAGUCACAUAGUACCGAAGCCACUGGUCAGAUGUGGUCACCAAGCACGAGGAAGUUUGUUCUGAGAGCAUAAAACACAUUUCAUAUUUUACCCAAAAAAGGAGGGCACACACCUUAAUAAAAUCUGGAUUGAUUACAUUUGAGAUCAGAUGAUAGAUAAUGGGUAGAUAAGCUGUAUUACCAUCCACCUUACUGUCCUGCUUCCUUCUUUAAAAAAAAAAUGUGAUUAUUUGGAAAUUUACAAUUACAUAGGUAGCUCCUAUAUUUGUUUGCUUUUGAAACACGAUUUUGAAAUGUAGUCCAGGCUGGCAUGUGAACUCAUGGCAGUCCUCCUGCCUCAGCCUCCAUGAGUAUUGGAAUUACAGGCAUCAGCCAUCAUGCCUGCCUCUGUGGCUUCCAUUUUAGGUGAAGGAUUUAGAUCAGUGGUUCUCAACCUUCGUAACACUGUGACCCUUUACUAUAGCUCCUCAUGUUGUGCUGACCCCCAGCCAUACAGUUAUUUUCAUUGUUACUUCAUAACUGUAAUUUGCUACUGUUUUGAAUUGUAAUGUAAAUAUCUGUGUUUUCUGAUGGUCUUAGGCAACUCCUGUGAAGGGGUCCUUUGAUCCCCAAGGGGAUCAUGACCCAAAGGUUGAGAACUCCUGAUUUAGAUGAAGCAUAGCUUGGGCUUGUUAGUCGGUGGACUUGGUGGGAAGUCAGGUUUUUCUGUAGUUGGGAGUCCUAUGAAUGAUUUCAUGGUAAACAAUCUGUAUUUGCUUCUUGGAUUAAGCUAAUUUAGACAGACUGUCCUCAGAUUGCAUCCUUUCCAGCUAUGGCCACACUAUGGCCAGGAGACUAGCUACCCCCAUAUUUGGGAGAUGUGAGUGUCAUUUGGUGUGCAAGGACUGUGGGAAGUCCUGGAAGGGAACGGUAUUGCUCAAGAGUUUCAGCAGCCCUCCAGGGUAAAGGACAACUGUUGCUCAACCUGUGAGACCUUUAAGGAAAGACAGUGAUUGCUCAAACAGGCCCCCUGGACCCUCUGAAUGCAAUCAUGCAGGUUACACAGGCCCCGAACCAGAUGUCACCAUGAAUUCUUCAGUGGUAUUAAGAAUGCUAUGAUGUGGUGAUUAGCAUACAUGAGAUUCUGGGUCUAAUCCACAGCAUCAAAAACAAAACAAACAAACAAAACCCACCAAACAUAAAAACAGAACAAAAACAAAAUACACGGUUAUCAGCAAGCAACACAGGCAUCAAAAUACAGCUACCAUGGUGUGGAACAGAGCUUGUACACCUGCAGAAAUUGUUGGGGUGACAGAGUGACUUCACAUGGAGUCUGUGAAGCUCAGGAUUGUUCUCCAGGGCCCUGGCAUCAGUAUCAGGAAGAACAAAGCUGUAAUAUGAGACCCGCUGUGCCAGGGUCUUUCUAAACAGCAAAGCUGGAUUUCUGUUGGUGAUUUCCUUUCUCAAAGGGGGCUUGGUUGGGUCUCUUUUUGAGUAAGAACCAUGGUUCUCUUUCAAGGCAUCUUGCCUUUCUGCACAGAAAGUGGCAACUUUUUUGUCUAUGAAGACAGUCCUGCCUCAUUCUUGGCUUUUCCUACAGAGGAGUUGAGGCUUCACAGACUGGCUGUAACAGCAGCUAUGGGACCAGAGGAACGAAAGGGAUCUUAAGCUUCUUUUAAGUUUGUCUUUGUAGUGAUCCUGUGUCCACAGUACUGGUCAGACUAGUUCAUACCUGGUUGAUUGUUAUCAGGAAAGUAAACUUAAGUCUACGGCCAGAACAGCCUCUAUCAUCUGGCAGCUUAGAUUCAUCAGGUGAUACUGCCAUGGCCACAGCAGUGGGUGCAGGGUUGCAGGUGGGAAAUUGGGGCUGUUUGCAGAGAGAGGUCCUGAGCACCCCCAUUCUGGCGCCCUCCCUGUAGACUCACAUCGGGUUACUGGUCUCACCUUGUUAAGAGAUUUGCCUUGUUUUGUGAAUAGUUGAGGGUUCAUUGGUAGCAUAUUGGUAUCUGGUGACUGUCUGGGUAGCCAUGGGGGUGGUGGAGUCCAACCCUUUAUCAAGGAUCUGCUUGGUGCUCUGGUCACACUGGUUUCUAGAAGAUGAAAGGCCACUGUCUCUGCCUGUAGGAAAACAAUGUCCAGUAGGACUAACCAUUAUCCAAGCAAAUAAUUACCUGCAUUUAAGGGCUCAGAAGAAACUGAGAAUAAACAUUCUUAGUAAGGAGGAAAGCCACAGUAGGACGGGGCUUCUUGAGCAGAAGGUUGAGAAAUUUCGGGGCCGGAGGGCCCUGGGUGGCUCAAACGAUACCAGCAUUUCUUUGCCUUUAAUUUGCAACGUUCUCAUCUGACCCUCUUACAAUUUUAGAGGUCCUGUGGCCAGAUCCAGGCCUUCCCUGUGUCAUGCUGAUGUGCCGAAGCCUCUUGGAGUGAUGUGAUUUGCCAGAGGUCCGACAGUGGGGAGUGCCAGAGUACCCCGUGCGGGGUUCAUGGGCUGAUUCCUGUGUGCUUGUUGCCUGCCACACCACAUCCCUGGCUUCGGGUCUCUGCAGAGGCUGGGAGAGCCGUGAGGACUGACAGCCUUUGUGUGUUUCAUAGGAGAGGAAUUUGGGGGCUGGCCUUGGGAAGAGGCCUAUGACAGCUGUGACUGUGGAUGUGAUCCGAGGGACAAAGAAGUUGUCCAUCAGACAGGUCCGAUCCGUACUGGGUGCAAUGAAAGCUCCACGCAGGCCUUACCAUGGAAGGCUGUGACUCGCCCGUCGUCUCGGGGAAGGACAAUGGGUGCGGGAUCCCUCAGCACCGGCAAUGGACUGAACUCAACAGCACCCACCUCCCCGACAAACCCAGUAGCAUGGAGCAGCCCACAGGCGAGAGCCAUGGGCCCUUGGACAGCCUAAGGGCCCCCUUCAAUGAGCGCCUGGCGGACAGCAGCACCUCGGCCGGGCCGCCAGCUGAGCCUGCCAGCAAGGAGGUCAGCUGCAACGAGUGCUCAGCCUCCUUUGCCAGCCUCCAGACCUACAUGGAGCACCACUGCCCUGGCACACGUCCCCCACCGCCCCUGCGAGAGGAGAGCGCCAGUGACACCAGCGAGGAGGGUGAUGAGGAGAGUGACGUGGAGAACCUGGCCGGGGAGAUCGUCUACCAGCCAGAUGGCUCCGCGUACAUUGUUGAGAGCCUGAGCCAGCUGGCCCAGAGCGGGGCCACAUGUGGCAGCAGCAGCAGCAGUGGCAGUGGGCCUGUCCCCUCGCUCUUCCUGAACUCUCUCCCCGGGGCGGGGGGCAAACAAGGGGACCCUUCGUGUGCUGCACCCGUGUACCCGCAGAUCAUCAACACUUUCCACAUAGCCUCAUCCUUCGGGAAAUGGUUUGAGGGCUCAGACCAGGCCUUCCCGAAUACCUCAGCCCUGGCGGGGCUCAGCCCUGUCCUGCACAGCUUCCGCGUUUUUGACGUGCGACACAAAAGCAACAAGGAUUACCUGAACAGCGACGGUUCUGCCAAAAGCUCCUGCGUAUCCAAAGAUGUUCCCAACAAUGUGGACCUGUCCAAGUUCGAUGGCUUUGUGCUCUACGGCAAGAGGAAGCCCAUCCUAAUGUGCUUCUUGUGCAAACUCUCCUUUGGGUAUGUCCGUUCAUUUGUGACCCAUGCGGUGCACGACCAUCGAAUGACCCUGAGUGACGAGGAGCGGAAAAUUCUUAGCAAUAAGAACAUCUCCGCUAUCAUCCAAGGGAUUGGCAAAGACAAGGAACCCCUUGUAAGUUUUCUGGAACCAAAAAACAAAAACUUUCAACACCCCUUAGUUUCCACAGCUAACCUCAUAGGCCCCGGACACAGUUUUUAUGGUAAAUUUAGUGGCAUUCGCAUGGAAGGGGAGGAGGCCCUCCCAGCCGUCGCUGCUGCUGGCCCUGAGCAGCCCCAGGCUGGCCUCUUGACCCCCAGCACCCUCUUGAACCUUGGCGGGCUCACCAGCUCGGUCCUGAAGACCCCCAUUACCUCAGUCCCCCUGGGGCCUCUGGCUGCCAGUCCCACCAAAUCCUCGGAGGGCAAGGACUCUGGGGCAGCUGAAGGAGAUAAGCAAGAAGUGGGGGAUCCGGAUUGCUUCUCCGAGAAAGCAGAGCCAGCCGAGGAGGAGGAGGCAGAAGAGGAGGAAGAGGAGGAAGAAGAGGCGGAGGAGGAGGAGGAAGAGGAGGAGGAAGAAGAGGAAGAGGAAGAUGAGGGCUGCAAAGGACUCUUUCCAAGUGAGUUGGAGGAGGAACUGGAGGACAGGGCCCCCGAGGAGUCUGGAGCUACAGCAGGUGGUAGCAGCAAAAAGGACCUUGCUCUCUCAAACCAAAGCAUUUCUAACUCCCCCUUAAUGCCUAAUGUGCUCCAGACCCUGUCGAGGGGCACAGCUUCUACUACUUCUAACUCUGCUUCUUCCUUUGUUGUCUUCGAUGGUGCGAACAGGAGGAAUCGUUUAAGCUUUAACAGUGAGGGCGUCAGGGCCAAUGUGGCAGAGGGCAGGAGGCUGGACUUCGCUGACGAAAGUGCCAAUAAAGACAAUGCCACAGCACCAGAACCAAAUGAAAGCACAGAGGGCGACGAUGGGGGCUUUGUCCCUCAUCACCAGCAUGCUGGCUCCCUCUGCGAGCUUGGGGUUGGGGAGUGCCCCUCGGGUAGCGGUGUGGAGUGCCCCAAAUGUGACACGGUCCUGGGCUCUUCCCGCUCACUGGGUGGCCACAUGACCAUGAUGCAUUCUCGUAACUCGUGUAAGACACUCAAGUGCCCCAAGUGCAACUGGCACUAUAAGUACCAGCAGACGCUGGAGGCACACAUGAAGGAGAAGCACCCGGAGCCUGGGGGCUCCUGUGUCUACUGCAAAAGCGGGCAGCCCCACCCGCGGUUGGCACGAGGCGAGAGCUACACGUGUGGUUACAAGCCUUUCCGCUGCGAGGUGUGUAACUACUCCACAACUACCAAAGGCAACCUCAGUAUUCAUAUGCAGUCUGACAAACAUCUCAACAACAUGCAGAACCUGCAGAACGGAGGGGGUGAGAAGGUCUUCAGCCA